CACUCUUUCGUGGCUUAGCUAGUCCAUUUCUGUCUUUUGUUCACCUUGGGUUUGUUAAAAUAUGCGACCUAGCUUAAUAAUGAGGCGUUUCUAAGUGAAAUGACCAACUUUAGCUAGCGUGCUAACGUAGUUAGCGCUCAAAUAUCUGCUUAUACAUCGUGCUGAGAAGUGAGACUAACGACUCUUGGCUUCAGAUGUUGGGUUAUAACUGAGAUAGAUGUAAAAAUUGGUGGAUGAAGCCUGAAAGUACGCUUAGUUACGUUGUUACGGCUGGUCAGCGUUAACCAGGGAUGGCGGAGGGGAGUGGAGGAGAUGUUUCUGAGUUCCUUAGUCAAAACCCCGACCUGGCACAAUGGGUGGAGUCUUUAAAGGAGCACAAUGAGACUAAUAAACAGUGGCUGGCCAGACGAGAAUUUGUCCUCCGCAACAUGGAGGUCUUUCCUACCAUCCGACCAGGGACCACGACCCCUAGUCUGGAUAGGCUUCUUUCUAUGUCCAAGGUCUGGGCCAAUCAUGUGUUCUUAGGCUGUCGAUAUCCCCAGCCUGUGAUGGACAAGGUGAAUGAGAUGGCCGAGGGGAUCACUGUGAAUGAAGCUGAUAAGUGUGUUCACAAGACAAGAGGUGAAAUCGUAGGUAAAGGGAAGAGGCCUGCUGUUUCAGCCCCAGAUGGUGAGAGCUGCGUUAAGAAGAGCAAAACAAGCCCCAAUGACACUGAUAGUAAAGCUGUAGAACGAAAUAGUGGACAUCCAGUUGCUGCUUCUGUCAAAUCGGGCCCCUCACCAGGGGCCCCUGCAGAACACCAACCUUUCUUCAAUCGCCUCUAUAAAGCUGUGGCCUGGAAGCUGGUGUCUGCGGGAGGUUUCGGACCUAACCUGGACCACUUUGAGAUCCUGCGCACCUGUGUGGAGUCGUGCAAGGCCAGCCUGAGCUGUGUGUUCGUUCCGCUCAAAGACAUUCCUGACCUGCCUGCUGGCUGCACCCAAAAGGAGGGCCAGGUAUGUGAACUGCGCUGCCAGUCUGUCUACAUUGGCACGGGAUACGGCCGUGACGAGUGUGCAGCCAGGGCAAUGGCCUCCAAGGAGGCCCUCAAAAUAUUCCAAGGCCGGAAGGUGACGGUGAAGUUGUCCCGGCGCAGGUUUCGAGGACGAGACGUGGAGGACUUGGUGCUGCUGGACGAACAGCCCAGACGGUCUACUUUGCCCCCUGCCCUCAGCUAUCCUUUUCAGGGUGAUCAGUAAAUCCUCUUUGUUUCUGUAGUGCCAGUAACAUCGCUACCUUCGUACGGUCAUUGUAGUUGAGCCCCAUAUACACUUCCAAAAAGUUUUACCUUUUUUUUCCUAACCUGAAUUGCCUUGCAUCUAUGUCCACUGGCCAUUUUAUCAGAAUCACCUACCAUAUGUAUGCACUUUGUAGGUUUACAAUUACAGACUGUAGUCCAUCUGUUGCUGCAACAUUUAUCAGCUGCCCAGCAGUCUCCUAUUAAUUGAAGAUGACCACCACUGUCCAGAUCUUUUCCAUGCACAUCAUCAUCUCUCCCUUUGUCAGUGGUCUGCUUUUGACCACGGGACCACUCUUGGCUGGAUUUUUUUGGGUGGUGGGCUGUAGAAGUGAUGCUUACUUGUGGAAAACUACAGCAACACAGCUGCGCAUGAUACUCAUGCAUCUGCACCAUGCCACUAUGAUGAAAGUACUAUCUGGUCAGCAGUGGUGCUAUAUGGUGGUCCAUUUCCAUCGAUGGCUGGGAUAGAGGGUAAUGAUAAAUGGUACAGCAACAGAUGAGCUAUAGUCAGUGACUGUGCACCUAUGUGUGCAGUGAGUGUAGAUGCAGGGUAGUUUUUGUACCUCGAUGUCCACUUCAGUUGCAGUUGAUGUUACAUAAGUGAUGCUGAAGGUUUGGGGAAAAAAAGGGUUCUUCUCAAGUUGGUGGGGAUGGGCUUUUUGUAGGCAAAAGAAGAAAGAAACACUGCUACAAAAUGUUCGACUGUGCUAAAAUGUAGAUUUUACAUUGGUCACUUUAUAAGGUAAACAUAGUUAUGUCCAAAGGUUUGUUGUUUGUUCAUCUUCUAAAAAAAGGUUAACACAUCCUCCACAGAGAACACACUUCGGCACAUUUUAGUGCACAAAUACUGUUUAUUUUCUGAAUUUAACAUAUUGGGAAAAUAAUAAGACAUAAAAUGAGGUCUGAGCAAAAGUUACGGCACAUUUUAUGUUUUUUAUUUUAUCUUUUUUGUUAAACUAUAUGAUAAGUAGAAAUUGUGAAAUAAAAUGUGCAGAAGUGAUUUCUCUAUAGAAGACGUGUUAUUUUCACUUAGAAAAUCGACAAAAUGUCAUUUGAGCUGGGGUUUCCAAGCCUCUGCAUACAGCUGUACUCCACGCAGCAGGAAAUGGCAGACAAAAAAUGGAUUUAGAUUGAUUUGUGUUUAUACUCUUCUAAAGAGGUUGUUUGAAAGGCUGCUGUUUUUAAUUUUCACCUUUUAUGUUAACUUAAAUGUGAGUUGCUGUAUCUGUUAGUCAAGCAUUAGGAUGAAAACUGCCAUUGUUCCUGGGUUUCAAAUAGCACUGAGUGUCUAAAUAUUGUACUCGGUAUAGGAUCACCCUGUUUGAAAUACUGAGCUUCUUUCUGAGGGUAAUAGACUUGUAGAGUGGUUCUUUCACAAAUGCAGAGGUUCUCCUUAAAUGUAAAGCUAAAACAAUUUUUGAUUAAUUGCCUUUUAAAGAUAUUAUACAUCUUCAUCUGAGUGUAUAUGAUUUUGAAGGAUCUGAUAUCAGUCUGUGUGCUAAGUUAUUAACCAUAGAGUGAUUGGAUAUUAGCUUUGUAUUUGGUAUUGAUUUUAUAAGCUUGUUAAUGCCAGUAGCAGUGUGUCAUCACCCUUUGUUGCUUUGUAUUUCCUCUAAUUACUGAUAUGUGACUCAUUUCCUGUUUAGUUGAACUGCUUUAAUACUAACAUUUAAAAACAAUUCACUGUUCAGUUAUUGAAAUACUCAGUAUUUCAGUAACUUGUUUUUGAAAAUAGACUGUUCUCUCUGUUUACCACAGGAAAUCAUAAAACUGUUAUUUAGUUCAAAAUGUUUCGUGUUUGCUGAUUUACUGACAUUGGCUCUUGUAUGAGUUUGGUAAACUCCCCGAUAUUCACUCUGAGUUCAGUUUGUUAAUGUUUUUCUGUUAAAUCAGCCUGAUUACAAUUCAUCACUCAAUGCAUAUAAAAUAAACUCACUGUAUUUAAAGGAGAA